AUGUUUAAAAAAGUCUUUGGAAAUAAUGGCAGUAAAAAACCAGAGCCAAACAACAAUGUCAUUGUUGAAUCAGCCUCCUCCGACCAACCACCUCCAUCAUCACCAACCACUCCCUCUGACGAACAACCAAGAAAACGAACACCCGUUGCGCCACAAAUUCAAGAAGUGAGCGCCAAAGUAAAUAAUCAAUAUGUUCCCACCAAAAAAAACACCGAAGAACAGUACAGUGAGAGUGAUAAGGGAGUCUCUGAGAGAAAUAAACAAGCAUCGGAUGUGGUUCGUGUUGAGAGAAAUCAGGGUGAUGAAGCGUUGAAGGCUGUUAGAGGAUUGUCUGAUGGUUUGGAAGAUCAACAGGAUGAUGAUUUGGAUGGAAAGAAGAAGAAGAAAAAGAAGAAGGAUAAAGAAAGUAUUGUUGUUAAUACAACAGCUGGAAAGGGAAAGAAAUCAACAAUUUUGGGUGAUUUGAUGGGAAUUGCUGCUAGAAAGGGAUAUCUGAGUAAGAGAGGUGGUUCUAUCAAGACUUGGCACAAGAGAUUUUUCAUUGUUGUUGGUCAUCGUCUCUAUUAUUACAAAGACGAUAGUUCAAAGAAUGAACCAUUGGGUUCUGUUAAAUGUAAAGGACCAGAAAGUGUUCAACCUGUUGCAGACACAUCUCGUCCUAACUGUUUUAGAAUUAUCUCUGAAGAGAGAACAUUAUACUGUCAAGCUGAAAAUGAAAAUGACAUGAAUUCUUGGAUGAAUUUUUUGAAGGAACACACUUCAAAAUUGAAUUUACGUAAAGUGAAAGAACUUUCCAAUCUUCAAGGAUACAUGACAUUGUUGGAUAAUCAAACAAAGAAAAAGAAACGUGAUGUUUAUUGUUUGUGUAUGGAUGGUAAAUUUUACAUUUUGAAUAAUUUUGAGGAUGUAUUACCGGAUAGAAUUGUAGAAUUGGCUGGUGCCAGUGUAAGCAAAGUUAGUAUUUCAGGUACAUCAACAAAUAAUUUAUUGGAAACACCUGCAACUCCUUCAAGUCCUAGAAAGAUCAACAAUACUGAAAUUCAAGAUUUUGCAUUCCAAAUCACAGAAAGUUUGCAAGCCGGAUACAUCCCAGAAGAUGUUGCACCAGAAAAGGAAAAGUCUGGUAGAUCUUCACGUUCCAGCUCUACUUUCCGUCAAUCUAAAAUGUUCAGUAGAAAAUCAAUGAAGGUCAAUGAUAGCAGUCAAUCAGGAAGUGGACAAGGCGAUACUACAGCUCGUUUGAGAAAGGGAACUCAAUUUUUCCAAAACUUGAUCACUAGUGUUGAAGGACUCAAUCAAGUUACACUAACAUCAAUUGAUCCAUUUUUGGCUGAUGCUGAAAUUUGGUGUGAAAUGGUUCGUCACGAAUCUGAAUUGGCCUCAACCAGUUGGUAUGUUCGUAACUCUCAAAUGCGUGGUUGGAUCAAGAUUUUAAUGAACAACGAUGAAGUCAACAAGGCCAUUCUUCAAGAUAAGAAGAAACCAGAAUCAUUAUAUUGGAUUGAAAGAUAUGCCUGUCUUGUUCGUGGUACCUUGUUCUACUUUUCCGAAGAGAAUUCUCCAACUCCAGAUGGUAGUAUUGUCCUCACUACAGGUUCUCGUCUCGUAACCUCAGCUGUUCGUGAAUUGAACUGUCCAUAUGCAUUCAAGAUUUCUUCACUUUCAUCCAAUUUUUAUGUUUGCGUAAAUUCGGAUGAUGAAAAGGAUUGUUGGGUUGAAGAAUUAAAGGAAGCAACCUACUCUCAAGCCAAUCUCGACUAUAACAAGUAUGGUUGGUUGACCAAGCAAGGUGGUUCCUACAAGUCUUGGAAGGAACGUUUCUGUAUCUUGAAGGGUACCAAUUUGUACUAUUUCUCUGAUCCAAAUGACUCUGAACCUAAGGGUAAAGUCAAUCUUAAGGGUCAAAUGAUUCGUCACCUUACUCCAGUCGAGGCCUACAAUGAAGUUCAAAAGGAUAACGUUAUCAAGAUUUACACUAGUCAACGUACUUGGUAUUUCUUUGCAGAUACCAUGCAAGAAGCUGUCGAAUGGUCUAUUGUAUUGAGAAAGGCAGCCCUUCUCUAUCGUGGUAGAACUUGGAUUGUUGAUGACAAGUUGGAUGGCAUGGAUGCAAAGAAUUCCUUGAGAUGUAAGAGUAUUUCCCAAGCUGUUGCCAAAGCAGCAGAAUUGGAUCGUAUCAUUGUCUAUUCUGGUGUAUAUUCUGAAACUGUAGUUGUAAACAAAUCUGUAAUUAUAGAAUGUGUAGGUGAUGUGGUAUUAAAGAAGGAUUCUGGAGCUCCACUCAUUGUGGAUUGUAUUGGUGCCGUAAAGGUCACUGGUAUGGAAUUAAGACAAGAAGGAGCUCCUAAAGAGCUCAGAGGUGACAAACAUGCAGCUGAAGUUAAACGUGGUAACAUUAUGUUUGAACAUUGUCAAAUUACCAGCAGAGAUGGUAAUGGUGUUGUCAUUACCGAAGAAGGUGGUGUCACUAUGAGCAAGUGUCGUGUAUUCGACUGCAACCACUAUGGCGUUUGGUUGAACGGAAGAGCUAGUGCCAUUUUGGAAAAUGUGGAAAUUUGUGGAUGUCAAUGGGAUGGUGUCAUGCUCAUGGCUAAUACUGACUGUAUCAUUCGUCAAUCUGAUAUUUUCAACAAUUCUUACAAUGGUAUUGCCGUCUCUUCAAAGGGUCGUCUCAAUGUAGAAAAUUGUAGAAUAAGUGGAAACUUGUGGGAUGGUAUCUCUAUCAAUACUGACAAGGGUGCUGCCAGAUUAUUCGAUAACUUUAUUUUUGACAACCAAGGAUUUGGUAUUUAUUAUGCUAAAGAUAAUGUCAGUGGUAUCAACGUUGACAAUGAAGUGUAUUCCAAUAAGAAGGGUCAAAUCUACACUCUCAGUGGUAGACUUGAAUAAAUUUAACAGCCCAAACAUUUGCAAAAAUCAAAAA